CAUCGCUCUUCUUUUACAGGCUCAUUGAGGAGUGUAAGCGGAAGCAAGAUGUCGCAGCAGCCUAAAAUACUCAAAGCUCGCGAACUCCCUGCGUCGGAAGCAAAGUGGAUCACAUUGAAAGAACUAGAAUGGCAAGAUCAAGAUGGCAAGAAAAGAAAAUGGGAAUGUGCUGAACGAAAGACUCGCGGGUCAUCUGGCAUUGACGCCGUUGCAAUACUCGCAAUAAUCAAAUCCACCAAUCACUCUUUCCCACCGUCCACGGUCAUCAUCGAACAAUUCCGUCCACCAAUCGGGAACUUCGUAGUCGAACUGCCUGCUGGUCUAAUCGACGAAGGCGAAACACCCGAACAGACAGCCAUCCGAGAACUCGAAGAAGAAACAGGUUUCAAAGCUGACGGUGUCAUCGAAUCGUCUCCAGUCGUCGUUAACGAUCCUGGGAUGACGACAGCGAAUAUGAAACUUAUCAUCCUCAGCGUAACCUUCCCCGAUAAACUCGAGCUGAGCGACGCCAAGCUAGAUGAAGGCGAACAUAUCACGAAACGCGUUGUCGAACUGUCAAAGUUAUCUGAUGAACUGCAUCAUUACGCUGAAAAGGGAUUCGCUGUCGACGCAAGGUUAUCCCACUUUGCUUCCGGUCUCCGCCUUGCCAACAAACUGUAA